AACUCACACCAACCAUUCAGCUACCUCUUCCUCAACCCCCCGCCCCAAUCCCCCACCCACUCUUUAAACACCUUUAAACACUUCUCCCUCCCUCUGCUCCUUCCCUUGUCUGGCCAAACAAAAAUAGAAGCCUGAGAAGGGGAACGAAUCCCGUUUCUUCACAGAGCCAUGUUCAUCUGUUCUUCAAAACCCCUUCUCAAAAUUCCCAUCAUUUUGCUACUUUCCUUCUUCGUCUCUCAAAAUGUAGUUCUUGGGAUCGCAUUUGAUCUGGAUGAAUCUCAGACUUAUAUUUGGCCUCUGCCGUCAGAGUUCACUUCUGGCAGCAACACGCUUUCCGUGGACCCUUCAAUCGUGCUGACUGUUUCAGGGGAUGGGGGUAAUUCCGUCAUCAUCAAAGAGGCGUUUGAAAGAUAUAAGAGGGUCACAUUCAAGCACGCUGCUGGAUUUUCUAUAUUUGGGAAGUUCAUGGGGAGAGGAUCCGUGUAUGAUAUUAGCAAAUUGAGAGUAACUGUUCACUCAGAGAGUGAAGAGCUCCAAUUGGGUGUGGAUGAGAGUUAUACCCUGUUAGUAGCGAAGAGUGAUGCGCAGUCGAUCGUUGGGGAGGCGACUAUUGAGGCGAAUACUGUAUAUGGUGCGCUGCGAGGGUUGGAGACAUUCAGCCAGUUGUGUGUGUUUGAUUAUGGAACUAAAUCAGUGCAAAUAUACAAAGUGCCAUGGUACAUCCAAGAUAAGCCAAGAUUUGGAUAUCGGGGACUUUUACUUGAUACAUCAAGACACUAUUUACCAGUUAAUGUCAUUAAGCAGAUAGUUGAAUCUAUGUCUUAUGCUAAACUUAAUGUUCUUCAUUGGCACAUCAUAGAUGAGCAGUCAUUUCCUCUAGAAGUACCAACAUAUCCAAAUUUGUGGAAAGGUGCAUAUUCAAAGUGGGAGCGCUAUACGGUUGAGGAUGCUCAAGAGAUUGUUAGCUUUGCCAAAAUGAGAGGCAUCAACGUUAUGGCUGAAGUCGAUGUCCCUGGUCAUGCAGAAUCAUGCUGAAGAGCUUGAAUAAUGAGAAGAACUUAAGCUAUUUUCAUACAUCUAUUGUGGAAGUUGAACUAUUUGAAUACUGGAUAAGAUUAUACUUGUAGUAAAAUGGAAAAAAUAGAAUAUUUGUGUUUGUGUAAAUGUGUAUCCUGCACUUUCUUACAAGGAAUAUAAAAUAAAUGAGAAUUA